AUAAAUGUGUGUAUGUACAUGUAUAGGGACAACCCUGCGGUAGAUGUUUAUGGGGCGAACCUGUACAACAUGUGCCUGCAGUCAAUUUCGGAUGAGAAGUUGGAGUCCCUGUCCACCAGAGUUAAUUUUUUGGUCAAGGAGGAGCGCCCUGCCCUUAUCCCAAGCACGCCACUGACUGAUCCUGCGUUGGCUUGCACCGAGAACGACGACCGGUGGAAGCGAAGCAUUGAGAGUUCAGCACUGAUGCCACAGAGCCUCUGCGAAUUAGUCUUUCAGAAGUCAAAACGCAUUACCCCUUGCACCCUGGAAUCCAUUCUGGUGCUUACUGGUGUUUACCAGGAACAUCGUAAGUCGCACCGCUUACGGCACAGUUUAUAUAAUCCCUGCCAGGUGCAUCCUUGUUUUCCCUACCGAUCGACACUCUGUGAGCCGCGGUACGUGGCCCGAGAUGUAGCUGAGGCUGUAAAGUAUAUUCUUCACAUCGAGGGCCUCUCGGACCACGGUGAGGUCGAUGUAACCCCAUGUUGCCCCUACCUCGAUGAAGUUGCUCGCAGUCCGUGA